AUGCUAAACUGGAUAAAAUCAUUCAUUGAACAAAGAUUGUGUAAAGUCAAAUACGGAAAUGCUCUAUCAAAAUCCAAUCUUUUACAAACAGGUCUUCCACAGGGAGCUGUCACAAGCUGCACUCUUUUCAAUGUCUUCAUCAAUGACAUAGCCGAAUCGGUACAGACAGUCACGGGGAUCAAGUGCUUACUUUAUGCAGAUGAUCUUGCUCUAUGGUAUUCCGCCUUUAAGAAAAACGCUCAGGAGAGGACAGAAAGUGCCCUAAAUGGUGCACUUAAACUACUAGCAAACUGGUGCGACAACAAUGGAAUGGUAAUCAACACUGCAAAAACUGCAUUCCAAACCUUUUCUUUGGCCCAUCACAGCAUAAACCCCCUUCUCAUUAAAGCCACAGAGGUGACUCUCAAACCACUCGAGAAGGCACACAACCAAGCAUUACGACUAAUUACUGGAGGGAUAAAAUCAACACCCAUUGAUGCAAUGCUCCUAGUUACAGGAAGCACU